UCCUCACUCAAUUUUCCUUCUCUCAGCUUGGAGAGCCAAAGAAUCCAUAGCAAGCAAAAUGGGGUUCUUGUCAUUUCUUGGAAGGGUCCUCUUUGCUUCUGUUUUCAUUCUCUCUGCUUGGCAAAUGUUCCAUGAAUUUGGAGAAGAUGGUGGACCUGCUGCUAAGGAAUUGGCUCCCAAAGUGGCUGGUCUGCAGGAUUUUCUUGAAUCCAAGUUGGGGACAGGAACACCAAAAAUUGAUGUUAGGCAUGUGGUAGCAGCAUUCAUGGCUCUAAAAGGAUUGGGUGGAUUGCUAUUAGUAUUUGGCUGCUUCACUGGUGCUUUUCUACUGAUAUGUUACUUGAUAAUGGCCACUCCACUUCUGCACGAUUUCAGCCACUUUAACAUUGGAGAACCACAGUAUUUCAUUGGUCUACAAGAGUUCCUCCAGUGUCUGGCACUCCUUGGUGCAUUGCUGUUUUUCGUGGGGAUGAAGAACUCGAUUAACCGGAGGCUACCAAAGAAAAAGACCCUCAAGUCCAAGACAACUUAGGAUACAUCAUUGAGAAGAGGGGAUUGUGUAAGAUUGGAUUAUUCAUCGGUUUGUUGGUUAGCCUGUAUGAUUAGAAGUGACUAGUUAACCCUCUCACCUGGAAUUUUUUGCAUAUUUUUUUCCUCUUGAAACUAACUGUUGUUGAAUUUAUGGGGGUGCAAUAUUGCCACUGUGAGGAGGUUUUGAAAAUUUAAGGUAUUUGAAUUCCCUGUUA